AUGCCGUCUGGUGCAAGACAAGAGAAGACGAAGUGGAGAUACGAGUUGGACUGGGGCAAGGGCGAGGAUGAUUUGCCUAUGCUGGUGCAGAAGGCACAACCUACCAUAUUCGGCGGCGACGCCUCACCCUCUUCCCAACCACCAGCACCCGGCAACAAGCCUACAGCGCCCGCCUCAGGCUUCUUCCGCAACAUGACCACCUUCUCCACACUCCAUGUUUCCGCGUCCGAGCCUAACGACCCCGACGACGACGUUUUCCGCGACUACGACAACCUGUUCAAAAUCUUCUACAACUACGCGCCCUCGCUCGACGCCAUGAACAUCGCAAACGCCUACGUCGAAUGCAAGUCCUUGCUGCAAAUCGCCGACAUGUACGACGCCCUCGAGGUCAUCGGCCCGCGAGUUGACCACCACCUGCUCCGCUUCCAGGGUCGCCUGUGGAAGCAAAUAGCAAAAUACCCGCCCUCGUACCUCAAAUUUGGACACAUGGCGCGCAGCAAGGCCAUCUUCGCCGAAGCCAUGGUGCACGUCGUAGGCCAGUGGCCCGCAGGCAUAAACCAGCUGCGCGGCCAAAUCAGCGAACCCGUCAUCGAGCUCAUCGAAGACAAAGUCGACGAACUCGACGAACUCAAGGCGAAGAUCGAAGUCAAGCUGUUCCGCCUCUCCCUCACCACGUCGCGUGGCGAGCGCGUCUCACCCUCGAGUAAUUGGCUCGAUUGGCUGGCUGUCAGUCUGUUUCGCCAGUGGCUUGCGGAGAACACAAACCCCCCUCCAGCGCCGAUCUUGAAGCCCGCAUCACGAUCCAUUACUUCCCCUCGAGGCAGUGAAACGCCCGCCCCCUUACCUCCCGCACCGGCAUUCAACACGGGCAGGAUAUUCCGCCUCCUCGGCCAAGGGGGAUCCAGCUAUCUCAACCACGACGAAUGCAAGCGCUUCCUGCGCCUCAGCCCCGACCAUUACAACCGCGAUAAUCUCCGCAGGUUUGAGCGCCGCAUCGAGGAGAUCAAGAACAAAGCCAAGGACACCGUCAAGCCGCUGAUGCGGAACUUCUUGGAGCUGGAUCUGAGAGAGGGCGGGCUUCCGUAUUUGACGUGUACGAGGAUUGACCCGCAGGAUUUUCCGUGGGAUGGGGAGUAA